UGUGUGUGUGUGUGUUUCUCUUUUCUUCCCCCAUCCUCGUCACGCGAGAUUAAACGAGGUGAAGGAAUGAAUAGCUGGAGGGACAGACGGGUGAGCGAGCAGCGCGAGCGAGCUGCAUGAGCGACGCGCGCGCUCCAACACCACCAGCACCACCCACACCUUCAACACUGCCCGCGAACUGAAGAGGAGGAGGGCGCGAGCUCCGGACAAGCAGCUGUGGAGCGCGUGCGGGUUCUGAGGAACAAAAAAAAACGACAGUUAGUUUUUAAAUUUGUACAUUUAAAAUCUGUGGAAAUCUGCUGAGACCGUUGAGUAACCGUCGUUUUUUAAAGGGCUCUUGCCCCACACUAGCUGAGAGGAUGCAGGCGAGGGGCAUCAGGUCACUAGGUCCACUUCUUCUCCUGGCACUAUCAUCACUGUUCACCAAACCAACACAUGGACAAGUGCCUGCUCCUAGAAGAUUGCGUUUUAAGGAGCUAGGUUCAGGCAUGCUCAGUGUGUCCUGGAAGGAACCGAAAGGAGAGUUUGACAGCUACAGAUUCAUCUACAGCUCCGGCUCAGGAGAACAAGAGAGAGAUGUGCAGGUGUCGAAGGAAGAUGCCAAAGCUGUGAUCACAGUAUUUGAUAACAGUAAAGAGUACAGCUUUAAAGUCUUCACCGUCAGUGGCAGUCAAUUGAGUCAUCCACUCCUGGGGACAUAUAAAGCUUCAAGGUCAGAGGUGAGUGACAGCAGCCCACUGACUCACAGUGCAAGGCAGAACAGCAAGCCUGAGCAGGGAAACGAGAUCAUCGAAGAGAUUUCAUUCACGUGUAAAACUCCAGCGAUAGCUGAUAUUGUGAUUCUGGUGGAUGGCUCUUGGAGUAUAGGGCGCUUUAAUUUCCGUCUGGUGCGUGCAUUCCUCGAGAGUCUUGUGACAGCAUUCUCCAUCAGCUCGGACCAGACACGUAUCGGAUUGGCUCAGUACAGUGGUGAUCCAAGGAUUGAGUGGCACCUCAACACACACUCCACAAAAGAAGAGGUCAUCAAUGCUGUGAAGAAUUUGCCAUAUAAGGGAGGAAACACACUAACAGGUCUAGCCCUAAUGUACAUUCUUGAGAACAGCUUUAAACCUGAGUCUGGAUCCAGGGCAGAUGUUCCAAAAAUCGGAAUCUUGAUCACGGAUGGGAAAUCUCAGGAUGAUGUCAUCGGCCCCGCCCAAAGUCUCAGGGAUGCGGGAAUAGAGUUGUUUGCCAUUGGUGUGAAGAAUGCUGAUGAAAAUGAGCUGAGGAUGAUUGCGUCUCCCCCAGAAGAGACCCAUGUGUAUAACGUGGCUGACUUUAAUGUAAUGAACUCAAUAGUGGAGGGUUUGACCAGGAUCGUGUGUCAGCGUGUGGAGCAUCUCAACAGGGAGAUCAAAGGUGAAUCCGUCUCCUAUACAAUUCCUGAUGCACCCAGUGACCUUGUGACCUCUGAGGUCACAGCUAGGAGUUUCCGUGUCUCCUGGACCCAUGCUCCUGGAACAGUGGAGAAAUAUAGAGUGGUGUACUACGCCUCCAGAGGAGGCAAACCAGAGGAGGUGGUGGUGAACGGUGAUCAGAACUCAGUGGUCCUCCAGCAUCUGAACUCUGUGACUGAGUACCAAGUGGCUGUGUUCGCUGUCUACAGUAACUCUGCCAGUGAAGGUCUGAGAGGCAGCGAAACCACAUUGGCUUUGCCCAUGGUGAAUAACCUGGAUCUGUAUGACAUCACACACAAUAGCAUGCGGGUGCAAUGGGUUGCUGCAGAAGGGGCUUCUGGAUACAUGAUCCUAUACGCCCCACUGAGUGAGGCAGGCUCAUCGGAUGAGAAGGAGGUUAAAGUAGCAGACAGUGUAACUGAGAUCGAGCUGGAUGGUCUGACUCCUGCAACUGAGUACACAGUCACAGUCUACGCCAUGUAUGGAGAUGAAGCCAGCGACCCCCAGACAGGCCAGGAGACCACACUUCCUCUCAGUCCUGCACGAGAUCUGCGUAUCACUGAUGUGACUCACAGUUCUGCUAAGCUCAGCUGGGAGGCUGCGUCUCGUAAAGUGAAAGGCUACCGCAUCAUGUAUGUGAAGACGGACGGAGUUCAGACCAAUGAGGUUGAAGUGGGUCGAGUUACCACGAAGUUGCUAAGUGACCUCACCUCCUUGACAGAGUACACCGUGGCCAUCUAUGCCAUCUACGAUGAGGGACAAGCCGAUUCCCUCACAGACAGCUUCAGAACUAAACGGGUUCCUGUCCCAGUGAGCGUAAGGAGCAGUGAAGUGACCACAGACAGUUUCAGAGUGAGCUGGCAGCAUGCAGCAUCUGACAUUUCUCUUUACAGGCUCUCCUGGAUGCCAGCCAAUGGAGGAGAGACCAGAGAGAUGGUGAUUGGUAGUAAUCUGAAUUCUUAUGUGAUUACGGGUCUGAGGCCGCUAACUGAGUAUGAGGUCACUCUCACGGCCAUCUCCAAAGACAAAGCUGAGAGUGAGAAAGUCAUGCUCAGUGAAACUACAGUUGCUAGAACAACAACAGUGGCAACUACGACUACCACCACAACUACAGCAGUGGUUAGGAUGGGUGUGCGAGGUCUACAGCUGAGCGAUUUUACUACAUUCAGCAUGGUCGCAUUGUGGGAACUGCUGGGCUCAAAUGUGCGUCAGUAUAGAGUGUCCUACAUUUCAACACGUGGAGACAGAGCUGAACAAGUGAUGAUGGUUCCUGGCAAUCAGAACUCGGUGGUGCUGCAGCCGUUGCUGUCAGAUACAGAAUACAGAGUGAGCGUGACAGCCAUCUAUGCAGACGGAGACGGACCAGCCAGUACACGCUCCGCUCGCACAUUGCCUCUCAUUGCUCCUAAGAACCUGAAAGUGUCAGAGGAAUGGUACAAUCGCUUCCGCAUCACCUGGGACACACCCCCCUCUCCCACCAUGGGAUACAGGGUCAUCUACCAGCCUGUCUCAGUACCAGGCCGGGCUCUAGAGACAUUCGUUGGUGACGAUGUAAACACCAUGCUGAUCUUAAACCUGAUGAGUGGGACAGAGUACAGUGUAAAGGUCAUUGCCACGUACACCACUGGCUCCAGCGACGCUCUCACUGGCAGAGCCAAAACAUUAUACCUGGGUGUAACUAAUCUGAGCACCUAUCAGGUACGAGUGAACAGUAUGUGUGCUCAGUGGCAGCCUCAUUCUCAUGCCACCCAGUACCGUGUGUCCAUCGAGUCUCUGCUCAAUGGCCAGAAGCAGGAAGUGAGGUUGGAUGGCUCUGAAGCCAGGCAUUGCUUUAGCGACCUGAAUCCAAACACACAGUAUAAAAUCAGUGUUUAUGCUCUGCUACAGGAGGCAGAGGGCCCUGCUGUCAACACCAUCCAGAAGACACUCCCGGUGCCCACCAGUCCUCCCACCAGGCCUCCAACCACCACGCCACUCCCCACCAUCCCUGUUGCUAAGGAAGUUUGCAAAGCCGCGAAGGCAGAUCUGGUGUUUUUGGUUGACGGCUCAUGGAGCAUUGGUGAUGACAACUUCCUAAAGAUCAUCCGAUUCCUGUACAGCACAGCCGGAGCGCUGGAUGAAAUUGGACCUGGAGGCACACAGGUGGCCAUAGCCCAGUUCAGCGAUGAUGCUCGCACCGAGUUUAAGCUCAACUCAUAUGAUAACAAGGAGAGUCUUCUGGAGGCCAUUCAGAGGAUUUCAUAUAAAGGAGGCAACACUAAAACAGGAAGAGCUAUGCAGCAUGUGAAGGAUGCAGUCUUCACCAGGGCUGGAGGAACCAGGAGGGGCGUGCCCAAAGUGCUAGUAGUGUUGACAGACGGCCGUUCCCAAGACGACGUCAAUAAAAUCUCCCAGGAGAUACAGAUGGAAGGUUACAUCGUGUUUGCGAUCGGUUUUGCCGAUGCCGACUACGGAGAGCUGGUGAGCAUCGCCAGCAAACCCAGCGAGAGGCAUGUGUUCUUCGUGGAUGACCUUGACGCUUUCCGAAAAAUUGAAGAGAAACUCAUUACGUUUGUCUGUGAGGCUGCAUCGGCAACUUGUCCUUCUGUAGCAAUGAGUGGCAGCACAUUACCAGGUUUUAGAAUGAUGGAAAUGUUUGGGCUGGUGGAGCAUCUGUACAGCAAUGUGGCGGGUGUUUCCAUGGAGCCAGGAACCUUUAACAGCUUUAGUAGCUACAGACUUGCCAGUGAUGUCCUGCUGGCACAACCCACCAGGUUCAUCCACCCUGAGGGUUUGCCCUCUGAUUAUACAAUCAUCAUGGUGUUCCGCCUGCUGCCCCAAACCCCCCAGGAACCCUUUGCAUUAUGGGAAAUUCUCAACAGUCGAAACGAACCCUUAGUGGGCGUCAUCCUAGACAAUGCAGGGAAGACGCUGACAUUCUUCAAUAAUGACUAUAGGGGUGAUUUUCAGACUGUAACAUUUGAGGGUCCUGAGAUUAAGAAACUCUUCUAUGGCAGUUUCCACAAGUUGCAUAUAGCAGUGAGUAAGACACUGGCGCAGGUGAUGGUGGACUGUAAACUUGCUGGCGAGAAGCCCAUUAAUGCUGCUGGCAACAUCACCACUGACGGCAUGGAGGUUUUGGGCAGAAUGGUCCGAUCCCGAGGAGACAGGGACAACUCUGCACCGUUUCAGCUCCAGUCAUUUGAUAUUGUGUGUAGUACAUCAUGGGCUCGUCGAGACAAGUGCUGCGAUCUUCCUAGUCUGAGGAAGGAGGCAGAUUGUCCGGCACUGCCUCGAGCCUGUACAUGCACUCAGGACAGUAAAGGCCCUCCUGGUCCACCCGGACCACCGGGAGGUCCUGGUAUUAGAGGGGCAAGAGGAGAUCGAGGAGAGCCCGGCCCUGUGGGGCCAGUGGGCCCAGUUGGAGAAUCAGGUGUACCAGGACCUCAGGGCCCUCCCGGCCCCCAGGGGCACAGUGGGCGAUCCAUCAGAGGCCCUCCGGGUGGUCCAGGUGAGAGAGGGGAAAAAGGUGAAGCAGGACCUCGAGGUACUCAGGGCGUUCCAGGAAACCCAGGAUCCCCAGGGCGGGACGGCCCUCCUGGACCCAGAGGUUUGCCGGGUAACGACGGACCACAGGGCAGAGCGGGGCCUCCCGGAACUAUUGGAGGACCAGGAGCUCCUGGGGCACCGGGUCAGAAUGGCCCUCCAGGACCCACCGGCGAUCAGGGACCCCCAGGCCUUCCAGGUUCGAAAGGAGAGAAGGGAGAACGAGGGGAUGCACAGUCCACUUCAUCAGUCCAAGCCAUUGCUAGACAAGUGUGUGAGCAGCUCAUACAAACUCACAUGGCUCGUUAUAACUCCAUCCUGAAUCAUAUCCCGAGGCAGCAGGCAGUUUCAGUCCGCACUGUUCCCGGGCCUCCAGGUGAGCCUGGUCGGCCCGGUCCUCCAGGACAGCAAGGAGAGCAGGGUCCGCCUGGACGUCCCGGAUUUCCAGGAAAUAAUGGAGAGAACGGAGAGCCUGGUGCCAGAGGUCUUCCAGGUGAGAAAGGAGAGAAGGGAGCCCCAGGUGUUGGUGUCCAGGGUCCCAGAGGGCCUUCAGGACCUCCAGGACCACCUGGUGAAGGAAGGAGUGGCAGCCCUGGCCCAUCUGGUCGCCCUGGUAACCCUGGUGGUGCCGGCAGACCCGGCAUUCCCGGACCAGUAGGACCGGCCGGACCCCCAGGAUACUGCGAUCCGAACUCCUGCGGAUACAAUGUGGCAGAGAGGGUCUUUCAUCGUGAAGUGACUGACAGAGAUAUUCCCAUAGCCCCAGUGCAGCCUAAUCCCUACCAAACAUAUGGUCCUGAUGAGGUAGAGGGAGUGGAGGAGGAUCCGUAUGGCAGCUACGGCACGCAUCACUCCUACUACCAGCCCAGCUACCCCGAUCCGCGCCCUGUCGAGCCUGAGGAAACGAUCGUAGUCGAGGAGAUUGAAGAAGAACUGAGAUCACCAGGCAUCCAGCGUCUCACUCGCAGCACAGAGGAGCAGGAGCAGAACAGAGAGACGAGGACGAGCGCUCACUUCUGACACACUUCUAACACCAAGAACAAUCGAGUUAUAAAACCUGUCAACAAAAAUGACAUCACAUUUAACAGUUAUUAUAGCACACAGAAACAACUAGGGCUGUCAAAACUAAUUUCUCUAUUCAAACACUAUUUCAGAACAUCCAUUUAAGUCUAUUGAAACAUGCAUUUCCUAAA